GCGGCGCGGGGAGCAGAGCCAAGCGUGGCGGGCGUGGGAGCCCAGGCCCUGCCGAGGCGGGCGGCCAGGAGGCAAGAUGGCAGCUGGGCCAAAUGGGCAUGAAGAAUGGGUGGGCAGCGCAUACCUGUUUUUGGAGUCAUCACUGGACAAGGUGGACCUGGCCGAAGCCUAUGCACACCCUGAGAAGAAGGUGGCCGUGUUCAGGGCUCUGCAGACAGCAUUGGCAGAGAGCUCCGAGAGCCCCGACGUGCUGCAGAUACUCAAGAUCCACCGCGGCGAUCCGCAGCUGAUAGUGCAGCUGCGCUUCUGCGGGCGCCAGUGCUGCGCUCGCUUCCUCCGCGCCUACCGCGAGGGGGCGCUGCGCGCCGCGCUGCGCCAGUGCUUGGCGCAGGCGCUCUCCCGGCCCUCCCUGCAGCUACAGCUGGAACUGCGCGCGGGCACCGAGCUGCUGGACGCGUCGCUGACCGAUGAGGAGCGCUGUUUGAAUUGCAUCUUAGCCCAGAAGCCGGACCGUCUCAGGGAUGAGGAGCUCACCGAGCUGGAGGAUGCACUGCGCAAUCUGACCUGCAGCUCCCCGGGCCAGAGUGACCAUGUGGGGGUCACUCCUGCUCUCUCAGAGUUCCCGAUCCCCUCUCCGCCAGAGGAGAAGCCGCCGCCCCAGUCUGACCAGACUUUUCUGUUCCAGGGUCAGCACAUAGUGAAUCGGCCCCUGAGCCUGCAGGACCAACAGAAGUUCGCCCGCUCAGUGGGCCUCAAGUGGCGCAGGGUGGGGCGCUCAUUGCAGCGCGACUGCCGGGCUCUGCGCGACCCCGCACUGGACACGCUGGCCUAUGAGUACGAGCGUGAGGGGCUCUACGAGCAGGCCUUCCAGCUGCUGAGGCGCUUCGUGCAGGCCGAGGGCCGUCGGGCCACGCUGCAGCGUCUGGUGGAGGCGCUGGAGGAGAACGAGCUCACCAGUCUGGCUGAGGAUCUGCUAGGCCUGGCGGAUCCCAAUGGCCUGGUCUAGGCCCGGUACCGAGGAAGACGCAGUGUGCCAGGGCUUGACGCCUGCCUGAUGGCUCCAGGGUCCUUUCUAUUUCUACUGUUGUUACUGCUGCUCCCCUUCCAUCCACGGAACUCAGAGUAUAUACACACACACCAUCAGGGAACUGUUAGAGCAUCUGGGACACAGUUGAUAGCCUGGGCCAGAAGCUAGAUAGCACCCAUUGAGCUCCCCCGCCCCCUACGGUGCAUCAUUGGCCCAUUCUGCUCCAGAUUCUUUGAUGGUGACAGAAUGUAGAGGCUUCUGCCCUCCCCUCACUCCUCCUCUCUGCACCGCAACUUAUCAAACACCUGAAUCACGGCUAGGUGUGGUAGCUAAUGCUGUCGUUCCGUUGAUCCCAGUACUUCAGAGGUUGAAGCAGGAGGAUGAGCUGCAUUAGACUGGGUCUCAAAAACAAACACCUGGACCUUCAGAGUACUAGGCAUCACCUCAAUUGAGGAAGAUACAGGAGUCCUGCAGUUCCUCAGUCACACCCAGUAUGGGACUGAAGCACACAGCAGUCCUCAUGAAGUGUAGUCAUUUUGCACGUGCAGAGAUCUGGAAGAGAUGAGGGUGAGCAGGAGGGAGCGGGGGGGGGGGGGACUUUUUCCAAGGACAGUGUUUUAGGCACAGCAGACUCAGGUGGAAUGCAGCUGGCUCAAGUAGGGGUUUUGUGGGAGGCGCAUUCCAACAGACAUCAACUUUUGAAUGGUUGGAUGGGGGAGGGAUUGAUGAGUAACACGUGAGGGAUUAAGUAGUCUGAUGAACCAUUUUUACCACUUGGGUUCUAAAACAAUCUUGUUUUAAUUGUGUCUGAUCCCUUGGGCUUGAAUUAGAAAAGAAAAAUUCCAAAUACAUUGCUAGGGAAAUUUCACAGUAAAACGGGCUCUCAGA